AUGGUGUUCUGUCUGCGCCUCGUGCGCCAAUGCCGUAGCUUUGCCACACAGCGCUCGUCGUCCAAGCGCAUCGGCGGCGCCCUCAGUCUCGAUCACUUUCUGCAACGCUCGAGAGUCAUUUCUUUCUAUCGCCACAUUCUCCGCAGCUGUCGCGACAUCAAGGACGCGCAGACGCGGCGCGAGACGCAAAAGUUUGCCCGCGAUGAGCUAGAGCGUCAUCGCCAUGUUACCGAUCUACAACAUAUACGAUAUCUGCUAUCAACUGGGAAGACGGAAUGGGACGCCAUGGAGAGGUAUAUAGGGGGUAUGUGA